CGAGAUCUGACGACAUUUCUUCAUGCAAAUUCACAUAAUGUUUCAAUUGUCGCGUCUCUCAAAAAGAAAAUUGACUUACAAAGCUAUGUCUGCUCUUUAAAACUUUUAAUUAUCGAUAAUGUGAAAUGUAAACCAUUGUAGUUAUGUUUCUUUUAACCUUGGGGAUUUUGAAUUGAACUUUUGGCAAAUAAAACGACGAAAUAAUGGCGUGCAGUAAAUACGAGGUUGGGUAUGAAGACAAUCGCUUCGAGAUGGUUGUCAGUCAAAGAUUUCACUGCCCCAUUUGUUUCUUGGUUCUUAAAGAUCCCGUUAUGUGCAAGAACGAACACUACUAUUGUUCUUCAUGUAUGAAAAAGCAUUUGGAAAACUCCUCGUUCUGUCCGACGUGCCUUGAACACCUCAGUGUCGACACACUGAGGCCAGCUUCGAGGAUUGUCAAUGAUUAUAUAUCUGAGCUGAAUAUUCAGUGUGAUUUCUACCCCAGAGGAUGCCCUGAAAUGGUUCAAGUUGAAAAUCUCAAACGUCACGUUGCAAGUGGAUUCUCUCCCGUGCAAUGUUCGAAUGAUGGAUGCAAUGUUCUCGUGAAUGCCAGCGACAAGCUUCGCCAUGAAACUGAAGUAUGUGAUUUUAGAAAAUUGAAAUGUCAUGACUGUGGCCAACUCAAGAACGAAGUGAAACAACUGAAAGAUGAAAUGUUGGGAAUGAAAGGUGAAUUGAAAGUAAUGAUUAAAAAUGAAAUGAAGGGAAUGAAAGAAGAAAUGAAAAAUGAAAUGAAAGAAGAAAUGAAAAAUGAAAUGAAAGAAAUAGUUAUGAAUGCAGUGCGAGAUGUAAUGGCGGGAAGAAAAGGUUUCGAAGUUGAAAUGAAGGAUUCAAAGCAAAGAUCACAAGCGACAUGUUCUUCAGAUGUGAGAGAAAAUAUCUUUGUAGUUGGAGGGCAACACAAGCAGGGUGGGAGAAGUGUGAAGAAUAAAUCCACAGAGUGUUUCAACUUGGCUGACCAAACCUGGACAUUGCUUGAUUCUGCAGUAUUUGAAGGUCGUACAUGCUCUUGUUCAUUUCUGUAUCAAGGUCAAAUGGUAGUCGUUGGAGGAAAUGAUGAUGGUGGCAACAAAACAAACACAAUGAAAUGUUUGAAUGUUGCACAUUCAGCCGCCACGUGGAAAGAUUUUGCUGGCAAACUUCCUGUCAAGUGCUCUAGUCAUAAAGUUCUCAAUCAUAACGAUCGGCUCUUUAUGUGUGGAGGAUGGGUUCAAGCUACUGAUGGAGGGCUUCCCAUACGUUCUAAUGUUGUCUAUGAGGUGCAGUUGGUUCCACCAUAUUCCAGUAAGAUGUUGACAAGGUUACCACAACCAAGAUCUGAUCAUGGCAUGGAAAUGUUUGAUCAGAAAUUGUUUAUUCUUGGAGGGUAUGAUAGUGAGAGGGUCACAGCCAGUGUGGUACAGUAUGAUCUGAUCAAGAAUAAAUGUAAAGAAAUGCCUCCAUUGCCAUAUGUCGUGCAAGAUUUGGCUACUGUUGUAUGGAAAAAUAACGUGCUUGUAAUUGGUGGGUUGAAUGCAGAUAGAGCCUGCUUGAAUACAGUGGUAAUCUACGACGUCAUCACAGGACGUUCUCGAAUGUUGCCAUGUAUGAAGCAUAAGCGGUCCGGUUGUACAGCGGUUUUAACUGGCAAUAUUGUAGUGGUUAUGGGAGGGAGGAAUGAGAAGGGCGAAGAUCUCAAGUCAGUGGAAUGUUUUGAUUUACAACGUAAAAUUUGGCAAGACUUGCCCGACAUGCUUGAACCGAGAGCUCAUGCCACUGCAGUGAUCAAACCAAACCACUGAACUCAAAGGACAUAGUUGUUCUAAUUAGACUAUACCAAUUAAGGGGCCGAUUACAUGGAGAACUUUCAACCCCGGGGUUGAACUCAGCCCUGUUAACCGGGUUGAAAUUGUUUGCGAUUACAUGGACGAUUUCAACCCCAGGGUUGAAACGCUAUAUACUAU